AUGUCUGGGAUGGCAACGACGGUGGGGCGGAAAGCUUACGCAAUCUACGACUGUCUUCAUGCUCGUGUACGCUCCAGAUCGGACAAGCCAAUCUCGCCGCUCUCGCCAUCUCAGCAGCUAGGGUUCUGCUCCAAGCAUGUCUGGCAACAGAUCUUCGGUCUCGAAGACGAAAUGGCAUCACACAUUACCCCGGAGAGGUACCCGCCACGCCGAAAACUAUGGGCGCCCAAAUGUCGCACAGGCUGCGACAUGUGCAAGAAGAGACGCAUCAAAUGCGAUGAAACCAAGCCAGUCUGCGCAAGAUGCCUGAAGAUCGACGUCGGCUGCCACUACACCGACCCCAUUGUGAAGAUCGUUUAUCCAUCGCGCUCGACCACACGCGAGGCAUGCCAGUCAGCCUCGAACCAAGGGCCCGGUCCGAAUGCUGCACUUUCGAGUGUGUCACGUACGCAAGAAGAGAAGCUCGCGCUCAAGUUCUUCCUGGAGAAAACAGGGCCAUGGAUGGCAUCUAACGGGCCCUCGCACACACUCGACUUCUGGACCACUACCAUCCCUCGGGCAUUCCACUCAGUACCCGGCACGAGGCAUCUUGUGACGGCGCUCGGCCUACUGGAGACGUCUAUUGGCACCACAGACCUCUGCGUUCUGGAAACACGAUGUCGCAAGAUCCAUCACCAUUACUCAGUGGCCCUGCACGAACUCACGCAACCGGACCCUGACAAGGUUGAUGUCGCCCUUGGGCCGUUACUCGCAUGGCUGUUGGAAACCAUGAUGUUCAACGACUCACGGGCGGACAUACAUGCUGAAGCACUGGAGCGCCUAUCCUCAUCUCCCGCUUUCAGCGCCAGAAGCCUCGCGAAGACGGAGCUGUCGCAGCACGAUCUUGAUGCCCUGGUGUCCUGCGUUCGGCGCGCACGAAAGCUGCAUGGACGCUACGAUGUGCAGUUGCCAUUGUUGCAGGUUCUGCAGAUGCGCAGCCAGCUGUCGGACAGGGUAACUCCGGCGGACACGCUGCUGGCAUUCGAGCAGUUCUAUACUACGUUCUCCCCUCAGGAUAUGAACCCGGACCAGAUGCAGGCGGCUGGCUUCUUUCUCCAGAAACAGAUGGCAGCCGUGCACGGCAAUGUAUAUCGCUCGGAGGUGCCCAUGUCUGUCUACAGCGCCCUGCACUACACGUGCAUCAUCUCAUCAAUCCUGCUGCCGACGCCGGAGGUUUCGAGCCAGGAAGGGUCCGAGAUUCGUGGAGUCGGGCUGGACUUCAUCCUGGAAGCGUGCGAGGACAUGCUCGAAAGAAAAAUGGCAACAAAGAGCGAUCAACGACUGUUGGAUCGGGCCCUGUGCCUGUUGCUGCGAGUGAUGGCGAGCCUCGCGCCAGCGGGCUGGCGGAGGGAACAGGCGGAGCGUCUAAAGCGGGCGACGUUUUUGAUAGAGCUGCGGACUAUGGUGGCACCGAGGGAGCCUGAGACCGGGGGCGACUCAUCUAUCUGCGUGACGGGCACCAGCAUGGCAGUUGGCACUUAA